AUGCAGUACGGUUAUAGACCUCAAACGGUGGCAGAUUUUGCGGUAUUAAGUGCUUCAGACUUCCUGUCUGCUAUUGUUCGCCUGUGUCGACCACUUCUUUUAUCAAUGGCUAACUUUGAACCGUUGCCCUUUCGCCGAAAAUUUGGUGCAAACUCUGAAGAAAAAACGGACGGCAGUCACAAACCAAUGGAAGAAUCUCCAUUUAUUGAUGUUUCUGGUGCUACUGUUGUACGAGCUGUAGUGACUGGCGCGUGCAGAAAAUGUGGAUAUGUUGGUCAUCUUGCUUAUCAGUGUCGCAAUUUCUUGCAACCAAAGGAAUCAGAGGCUGUACUAGACGUGUCCUCGACAAGCUCAGACUCAGACUACGAAACUCCUUUGGUUUUUAAAAGUGAGUUGGAAUUUAUAUCAAUGAAGCUUGGCAUUAAUUAG